GGGAACAAUCGGAUCGUCGCUUAGAAACUUCAUGACGUCAUGCCAUCUUACCAACGGAAAUAUGCUUGCAACCUUCAGGCAGAUAUGUGAGGAACAACUUCUACACGAUUUGGCCGUCAUUUCAGUUGCGUAUUCCAGUAUGUGUCAAAAGACAGUGACAUUGUGUUUUGAAACGGAUUAUGUUCUUGGGAACAGCGGCCGUGUUGCGAUAACAGGAUCUCUUCAGGAGCUGGGAUCGUGGAAUCCCAAGGAAUGCCUUAUGGCAUCAGUCCACCCACCCGGGUCCGGUCACUGGCGGUUGUGCGUGACCCUCCCUCGCAAGACGACCUUCACCUGGAAGUGGAUAGUGGUGUCCCCGGACAAGUCGAAGGUGUGGCGAUGGGAGGAACAGGAAGAUAGGGAAACGUGGUCAGGAAUUUUCAACGGUCGAUGGACAGCACCAUGGAACGGAACUGCUGUAUUUACACCAGAAAAACACAAUGAGGAAUUUGAAAGCCCCCCGGAGCGUGAGAUGCCGCUGCACAUCAUCCAACCCCCGCACUCUGUCCGUGAGAGUUUCAAGCGAGCAUUCUGCUCCAUCCUCUAACGACGAUUACAACAACGUGUAAAACAACAAAAUAUCCACCCCGUGCAAGCAAAUAACAUUCUUUUUUAUUAUAUUGCAACAUUUCAUUAGCUAGUUGUUAUAACUGAACGAAACAUAUCAACUAGAUAUGUUCAGAUAUUUUUUAAUUAUUGAAAAUAUAUGUUUCAUCCUAUCAUUUCAAGAAAAUAUGUCAUUUAUGUGAAUGUUGUGACAAUUAAUGUCGUGAUCUUGGGGAACAAAACCUUACCUAUUUAACACUGAUAUCGAUGUUUACAAAUACAGCGUUACGUGGGGUUUAUCAAAUAUUUUAUACAUCUAUAAAUUUAUAUAACAGUAUAUAAUUCUCAGUCUUAUAUAUUUUUAAUAUAUCGACUCUUUUAAACAUAUAGAGUUUAGAA